GUUUAAAGCUAGGUCAUGAAUCGGGCCGAACUGCUUUGCUCCUUUCUUCCCUGAACCCUAAAACCUGCGAUAAUCCCCUCAGUCUCCAGUCAGUUUUCCUUCUUUCUUUGCCUGUCAUUUUCUUUAAGAGACAUUUUUUGUUCUUUGGAAAAAGUAAUGGCCGCUAGAAAGAAAAACCUGCAGCUGCUGCUUUCUCUUAUACAAAAACGAUGUCUCCAAACAUCAUCUGCUGAUGCUCUACUUCCACCCACCAGGACCACCACCAACAUCAAUGCUUCAUCUUCAUCAUCAUUUGAUGUUCAUUUCCUCAUGAAUUCAUGUGGGCUUUCCUCAAAAUCUGCCCUUUCAGUUUCCCACAAGCUCCAACUCCACCAAAAUAAGCUCCAAAAACCACAAUCUGUGCUCCUCUUCUUGAAAUCUCACGGAUUUGACGAUUCCCAAAUCGCCCAAUUAAUUGAAAAGCGACCCAAAAUCCUCCAUAGCGGAAUAGACGACACUUUGAAGCCCAAAUUCGACUUCUUCGUUAAAAAUGGCUUCACGGGUAAGCUUCUGCCUCAGCUUAUCGCCUCCGAUCCGAAUAUUUUGUCAGCGGCUGUAGAUUCUCAUCUUAAACCAUGUUUUGAGCUUCUCAAGUUAUUUCUGGGCAGUCCUGACAGAAUUGUAGUUGCCUUAAAGCGUGCGCCUUUUUUAAUGUCUUUUAGUUUCAAGGGUGCUGUUCAGCCAAAUAUUGAGUUGUUGAUAAAAGAGGGAAUGCAUGUUGAUAGGGUUGCAAAACUUCUAAGUUUGCAUGCAAGAGUGAUACUGGUUAAGCAUGAUAGGAUGGUUUAUGCAGUGAAUGCUUUGAAGAAUUUGGGUGUUGAACCCAAGACUCCUGUGUUUCUACAUGCUGCUAAGGUAAUGUUAUCCAUGAGUAAGUCGAAUUGGAGGAAGAAAAUUGAGGUUAUGAAGAGCCUUGGAUGGAGUGAAGAGGAGAUUAUUGUGGCUUUUAAACGAUACCCUUAUCUAUUAGCAUGCUCAGAGGAGAAAAUCAGAAAAUCGUUGGAUUUCUUUGUGAAUACUUUAAAGUUAGAACCACAGGCUAUAAUUACAUGUCCCGAGUAUUUGUCAUAUUCGGUUGAUAGAAGGCUUCGUCCCAGGCAUGAUGUUUUGAAGGUUUUGGUGUCAAAGAAGCUGGUUAAAGAAGAUGAGAAGAUUGUGCGGGCAGUAACCCGCAUUAGUGAUAGAGAUUUCCUGGAAAAGUAUGUUACUAAAUAUGCAGACAAGGUGACAGGUUUAUUGGAAAUAUAUGGUGGUAUCAGCAAGGCAAAAAAGAUGGAAUCUUGAUGGCAGACUAAGUUUACUUCUGCAAUGCAUUGUAAUAAUAUGUACCGGUUGUCUAAAUUGAUUUUCCUUUGCUCCUGAAUUAAGAGGUUAAAUUAUGUUGUCUCCCAUGCUCUGUUUCAUUGAAUUGGAAGGAUGUGGUGGGUGUUGCAGUUUCAUUGGAUUCUCUAUGACUCUUACGCCACUUCCCAUAUCUGCAUUUCUAUCCAUAUCUUAAGGCGGUUGAGAAGCUACGUAGUCUGUUUUUUGGCUUGAGGAAUUCCAGAGAUGCUGAGGACAGAAACUCGUUGCCUAGAAUUCAGUGCCUUCUACCUACAGCAUAAUUUUGAGCUCAUUGCAAACUUCUACUUAUGUAAAGAAAGGAAUUUAAGAAUGGCACUCAGCCUAACUAUCCCGUACCUGAAAGAAAUGCAGCAACCAUGGCGCAACAGCUGCUGUUGAGGAAGAUCUUGUUAGGGACAUCAUUCAUUCUGUUCGGCUUGGACUACUUGGGAGUUGGAAUUCGCAGAAGAUCUCAUGAUAGAAUUUUCAGCUAGCAAAAAGCAAUUUAGUUGUACACAUUGUUUAUGUGAAGCUCUCAAUUUUUAGUACUAUCACUACAACCA